CGUCGGAAUCGCUCCCCUUGUCCGGGUCACCGACAGGAACGUCAUGGUCAUCUUGUUGUGGGACAAAUGACGAAACCGUGGAAGGCGGCGAGUGCGGGAAUCGGUGGAGAUGUGGUUUGGGUUGGUGGUUGUCGACCAGAGACGCCAUGGACGAUGGAGACGGGAAGGGAACAACCACCAGGUCAAGCGAAGGGAUUUGUGCCCAGGAAGAGGAAAAGACAAAAAUGCAGUGGAAGUUGGGUGUCGAGAAGCAAGAGGAUGAUACGGACCGUGUAGUGAGGUAGGUAGGUCGCGUUCAGAGGCGCCAGAAGAGGAUAAGGAGUGAUAUCAUAAUCGAGCCGGACACGUGCAUACUACAAUCGCAAACGUUCUACGAGGGACUUUAUGUAGGUCCAAAUGGACUCACAAGCUCGCGAAUUUCCGACCCACGCACGUUUUGGAUAAGACGGACUUACGACAGCAAUAGCAUUUUUUGGCGUGUGGCUGGGUUCUAGCGCAGUGCUCUCCAACUGUAACUGGAUGCCAAUCAAAGACGACGACUCUGAGGGGAGCUCGUAAGCAAAUGUAAUACCGUCUUGCGAUGCAAUAAAGCUAUGUAAAUACGAAAAAGCAUGUCCGUCUGCACUUGCGAGUCCCUCCACUUGUCCUGCUCACCAAGUAGUGGGUCGCCAGGCAAACCCCGGGCUUAAAAUGACAGCUGAGCGACACAACUCCCGAUGCGGAACCGUCGUCACUUUGUACGCCCACAUUUUCACACGCAUAGGCCGCGUUGCUUGCACCCUCUCCGCUUCCUCCUUCCUCAGUGUACGCGCGCGCAUGCCUGUCUGACCCACCUCGCUUCUCAUUAUCGUACAUGCCCCUUUCUUGAUCACGCCGCACACAAUAAAUAUUAAUGACCUCCCUUGACCCCGCGGAGUCGUCUGGUACGGCCCCCGCGCCAGGGCCCUCAGCAACGACCGAAUCUGGAUCCGCUCCCACCACUGAAGCCCUGGGUUCCCCCACCGUAGAACAAUCUCUUGAAUGGCAUGAGGUAAUCUCACUCAAGACGUUUAGUGAACGCAAAGUAUGGAUCGAGGACAAAACCAAAUUCUUAGAGCAGCUGCCUCCCAUCGAAGUGUUUGUGGGCAUGUCCGCUAUACGUGAAUCUGCCGAACAAGUCCCCGGGCUGCCCACCCGCGAGGAGUUGCAACGUUGGCUGAAGGAGCACGACACGAUUGAGAAGGAGACGGAAAUAUUCGACAGUGGGGAGUUGAGGACAAUUAAGAAGUUUACGAAAGCCGCCACACAACGAAACCUAUCCCCUCAAGACACCGACUUGAUCGAACUGACGCUAACGACCAUCUACUCACUCGACAAACUUCUGCACCUUCUCCGGGACCGUUCCGACAACCUUGAGCUCCUCGGGAUUCGUCUCACCUGGGAAGAGCACCGCAUCGCCGCAUGGGCCGACCGGCGCGAAAUCCUGAGUGACAUCAAGACCUUCCUCCAGACACGAGCCCUAUGGUCGCCCGCCGUCUACGACUCCGAGCCUGCGUCCGCAGGGAGCACACAAGUGCUCACCCGACGGGCAUCCUUGGCCUCCAUCGCCUCCUCGGAUACUUCCUACUCGCUCGCUUCUGCAUCAUUCUCACGCUCCGCUCGUUACAAGCUUGCGGAACUGCUAGCUCGCGAUGCAGCGCACUUCUCUGCGCGUAUGACAGCUCUGCGGCACACCCGAGUUGGCGCAGCAGGCAAGAUGCUCGAUCGGCUGAUCGACACAAGCCGAAAACCCGUGCCGGAGGAACUGCUAGACGAACAAGAUCGGCUGGAGGAGAAAGGCAUCGCUGAAUUGGAAGGAGUGGGCAAGUUCGUGAUGGCAGCUGUGAUGCAAUGGCGCAAAGCGGACGAAUUCUACAUAGACUCUCUAAAAGACCAAGCCGCCGCUCAGGCGCUCUGGGACGAGAUUGAAGCUGCCAAGUUCCAACACCCCACGAUCCGGCAAAGCACCACUUUCGUACACCGCGCUGAAUCUGUCUCGAAACGGCUUGUUCUGCGAGGCGAUCCGAAUGGGUUUCCUCGGCCCUCGCACGCCUUGUUCCCCGAAUACACGACUUUGACUGAAUCUGUCACGGAAACACUGGCGGCCGAGCUUAGCGCUGCGCAAGAUCUGACGAAGAAGGUUGAAGGAGCAGCGAGAGAGUACAGGCUCAACUACGAAGCGGUGAACCGCGUCGAGCUGCUCGUUGAGCAAGCAAAGACGCUUUGCGCGGCGUACGAGUCUGCCAUCGAGCGGCUGGAAAAAGGCGUUUCGAAGUCAGCGGGCGACGGAGACGGCUCACCUCCCGAUCUCACUCGCGAGGAUUCCCUGGAUCCGACGCGGCAUGCAGCGUUCCUUGCGCUGCUGCCGUCGAUUCUCCGCGACCUGGACACAGCAAGCGAGUCCACCGCCCAAGUGAUGCGCGACUCUCGUGGCGCCCUGCUUGCGCUCUCUGUGGACAACGACACGUUUAAGAGCGCCUCGGCCAGCGUCUUCCAGCAGCUUUCCGGUCUCCGCGGCCGGGGCCAGUGGACUCGUGACGACGUGACCGGACGUGUGGACAGGUUGCGAGAAGCGCGACGCAUCUGGGGCCUGAUGCAGGCUGAGAUGGGUGAGAUGGGUAACCUUAAGAAGGAGAUAGCAGACACCAUGGAGCGUUGCCGAUGGCAGCAACAGGCUAUGAUCGAUACGGCGCCGCCAACCCCUGAGAGUUUCUCAUCUCCGCUACCUGAGCCGGCACUGGAAAUGGAAAUGGACUCGCGAUUGGAUGCACUGGAUUCGAGGCUGGAAGAGACGCUUGAUGCGCCGCUGGCAACACUGAGCAAGACCCUCGAGGUCGCUCUCCAGACGCGGUUACAGCAAGCUGCCAUGAACCUCAAGAGCCAGCUGGCACAGAUCCGAGCGCAAGCCAGUCUGCUCGAGCAGAUCAAGAUGCAGACCAGCGCAAUGACCGCCGUGCGAAGCGAGUUUGCUGAGCUGCAGUCUCGAAUAGAGGAACUCCGGAAUCGCGUCGAUUCAGAACUUGAGGAUGGGGUAUUGAGCAGUGAAGAGUUAAAGGCGGAGGUGGAGGUGUUCACUGCUGGCCUGACCGGCCGAGUGGUGUUCAUCGCUUCACCCUCGAAUCCACCUGGACUGCCUUUUGAUCCGCGUUCACUGGACACCGCAGUGCGGUCAGACUCCAACUCCUAUGCCAUCACACUCGCAGGCCAGAUCCAGGCACUCGAGAAACGCACUGCCAUGGCACAGCUUGCCAAACGGAUCGAUUCAGACCUCGCUCCGCUCAAGGUCCAAGUCGACGAGUUUGCUGAAAAGGUCAGGUCGGGGACAGAAAUCGAGUUGCUGCAGAUCAUGGCAGAAAGCGGGCGGAUAUCUUCAUCCUUGUCAAGUGUGCGGGAUAUGCUCACACGUGACGAUAUGCUGUUGGCACGGGCUCGUGCCUUGGAAGAGCUGGAGACAAAGCUAAGUGUGUGGGUUGGUGAGCUGAGGAGCCGAAUCCAGCAGGCGGAAAAAACAAAGCUGGAAGAGGAGGAGAGAGAGCGUGAGCGGGUGCGGGUGCGUUUAGAUCAGGAACGUCGGCUAGCUGAGGAACAGGCUGCUGCUGCUGCUGCCGCUGCUGCUGAGGCAGCGAGAAUUAGAGCUGAACAGGAGAAGGACGCCGAGAGGAUGCGCGCGAUCAAUGACAUUCGGGACCGACUGCGGUCCUUGGGAAUAGAGGCAUUGGCAACGUCUUCGUACUUGCCUGACGAAGCAAGACUCAAUCAAGUCAUAAGCGGCUUUCGCUCGCUGGAACCUGAAGCGUCCAAAUUUUCCGAAUUACACGCGGAAAUUGCCGAAGCUGGUGUUCACAUCGCGCACUUGAGAUCGUUGGUGCGCUUCCUGGGUGCACUGCACAGGUGUGAUGCAGCCUUGAGCGAUCUCCUUGAGCACAUUGACUCGUAUCCGGACGCGCCAGUGCUCUCCUCUUCCUCAACAGAUCUCCCACUUCCGGAACGACUCUCAUUCACUGCUGCCUCUAUCGAUGCGCUCUCCGCCGCCUUUGCCGACGUGAAAUCAGACGAGAGAGCGACCACAGAAAAGGACAGGGUGCUUCAGACCUGGACUGAGCUGGAAGAAAUGGCCCGAGAUCGCAUAGGAGGCAGGCGCUCGCGGGCGGCCAGCGUACUGUCGAGCACUAGCACUGCCUCCAUCCGUGUCAAACCAAAAGCAAAGCCAGUGGCGAGCAAUUCAAAAAGCAAGACCGCGAGCUACGCCGGACUGUCCGCUGGCAAGAGCCCUAGCCUAAAAACCCGCAUGGGUCCUCCGGCACAAACACCAAAGCGGCCGAUUUUGGGGCCUGCUUUCGUCGAACAACCUGUGCGACGCCCUUCAAGCCAACUGUCGACGAUCUCGGUGUCCAGUUCCAGCUACCGAUCGAUCUCAGGCCCUGUCGCGACCACGUUUGCAUCGAGACAGCGAACGGCGAGUUUGACGCCCAGUGAAACUCCUCGAAGGUCGUCGUCAUCGCUGCUGAGACCCCCGCCGCAACGAACCGAGUCUCCGAGUGUGUCUGAGUUCGGUCAUAUGCACUCCCACUCGCACUCCCAUUCGCAUUCAUAUGGACGUACACCAUCUCGAGCAUCUGUCUCAAGCUCGAACUCGACGUGGGCACGUGCUCCGCGCUACUCCUUACCCAAAGUGACACCGCCUUCGACCCCACAACGAUCAACAAAACCGCCCGUGAGGAAAAAGUACAUCGCCAAUCCGAAGAGCAAGCUCGACGUCGCCGUCGGGGAUGUCAUCAACAAACUUCCUGUCGGCAUCAGCAUCGAGAGUCUGGCUUCAGAGGGCUGGAGAGAUCAGAGCGGCAAGUACUGGAUCGGGGACCAGGAUCCCAAGCUGUGCUUUUGCCGCAUUCUGCGGUCGUCGACGGUCAUGGUUCGGGUUGGCGGUGGGUGGCAGGAGUUGUCCAAAUUCAUCAAGGACCACUUUGCAGACUCUUUCAGGCUCAUGUCAGAAAACGACUCGCCUCCGCGAGGCUCGGCCGAACCCAAGUGGAUCAGCUCUGCUACCUUGCUCGAGGAGGAGAGCUUCUCCGCGCCCACGGCCGUGGCCAAUACUUACCACGCAAACCCCUACACACCACCGCGCACGCCCGAGCCACGCCACGGGGUGCCCAAGUUCCAGCUCGUCACUCCCGAGGGCAAGAGCCCGCAGUCCAUCACCUCCAGUCCCGGCUCCAAGAAUGGCUCGCCGCUGACUCCGCUGCAGUUCAUCCGCCGGGCCGAUCCGACGCUGAGCAGCACGGGGCUGGCGUUCCCCGCCCGACCCGGCACUCCGUCGAAGCCGAUGAGCCACGCGAGCAUGAGGACGCGGACGAUGUCGAAUACACCCGUGAGAAAUUCCGUCUGGCGGCCUUGAGGGCACUUGUAUCAUAGCUUUCUGUAUGCGUAUCUGGACCGAUAUUACGAAUAACGAGGAUUUAUGUGUUUGUGAGUGUGGGCGUUCGGUGCAUAACAGUGUAUGUGGCACGAGAUGCGUUGGUUGCGCUGGGUGUUGAAGACAUUCUGGAAACGCCAUGAAAAUUUCUCUGCUCCGAGUGUCUCGAUAGGUUCAUUAUCUAUGGAAAAUAUACUCGCAUACACUCCAAUUGAGACUGGCACAAUGGAUGGCACACAUUUGGUUGGAGUUACCGGAGCAAACACACUAGGUCUAGAGCCCAUGACGAGGGAGUGUGCCGGCUCGGAGGCAUGAAGAGCACUCGGUUCGGUUCGGUCAUAAACGAAGGAACGAGCGUUCCAGAUAUAGUGAGAAGAAUCGACAAAUCGAUCACGACACACACGGCCGGCGGUGCAAGUGGAAGGAGGAAUUGACAUCUCGAGGCACAACACCGCGAAAAGAGAUGGAGUCGCCGGGAGGUCAGUCACUCGAUCCCCUCUCUACAGCGAAAGCACUGAUACACGAGAGAUGUUCGAUAACGACUGGCCGCGGUAUGAAUUUGAAGGAUGGGAAGAGAUCGGGAGAAAGAAGGUCAAAGAGACGCCCGCACACAAGAUAGUGCACCGGAAUUC